AUGGCCGUGAAUAGCGGCAAGGAGCUGGGCAAAACGUGGGCCAAGGCGUUUGAGAACAUGCCUCGCUUGGUCGUACGCAGCCUUCAGUUUAUAUUUGCUCUCAUCGCCGUCGGAUUCUACGGACACCUCGUCGACAAGGACAAGAAAGCAGACCACGGCAUCGCGCCCGAAUGGUUGUUUGCUGUGGUCGUCGUGGGUAUGUCUUGUAUCACUGCGGUUGUGUUCCUUGCACUUGGGUUAUUGGCGACUUUUGCUGGCAGAAUGCGACCUUAUAGGAUGUUUGCUUGGGAUCUGAUCCUCGGCAUUCUCUGGAUCAUCAUGUUCGGCUUGUUUGCCGGCAUCUUCCUCAAGCGUACCGACGAGGACAAGUACAAGGGUGCCAACACCAAGGCCAUGAAGGUGGCCGUCUGGAUCGAUCUCGUCAAUGCCAUCCUGUGGCUGGUGAGCGGCGCCUACGGCUGGGUCAAGGUGAUCGCCGGUGAGAAGGUGGACGGUGUCGGGAAUUGGGUGCUGAACAAGCUGCCCUGGCCUCUUGGCAACCGCAAGAAGGCGCAUCAGAACAACCCCAAGGCUUACUACGAGGACGUCUAA